CGGGAGGAGACCACAGGAGUCAACUGAGGAAGAGCUGUCACAAAGCAAGCGCAAGGCAGGUGGAGGAAUUCUCCUCUGGAAGGCCGGCGUCGGCCAGGCUCGGGUUCCUUUCCGCCUCUCCGGGCUUUUUGAAAGCCCCCGGAGGUAAAAGCCGCCGACUCGAGGCGAAAGCAGAGGCAGGCAAGCCGAGCCGCGGGGGCGCCAGUGCCGCGCGUCGAGCGGAGCAGAGGAGGCGAGGGCGGAGGGCCAGAGAGGCAGUUGGAAGAUGGCGGACGAGGCGGCGCUCGCCCUUCAGGCCGGCGGCUCCCCUUCCGCGGCGGCCGCCAUGGAGGCCGCGUCGCAGCCAGUCGAGGAGCCGCUCCGCAAGAGGCCGCGCCGAGACGGGCCUGGCCUCGGGCGCAGCCCCGGCGAGCCGAGCGCGGCGGUGGCGGCCGCCGCGGGGUGUGAGGCGGCGAACGCCGCGGCGGCCCCGGCGGCGCUGUGGCGGGAGGCGGCAGGGGCGGCGGCGGCGAGCGCGGAGCGGGAGGCCCCGGUGACGGCCGCGGUCGGGGACGGAGACAAUGGGCCCGGCCUGCGGCGGGAGCCAAGGGCGGCUGACGACUUCGACGACGACGAGGGCGAGGAGGAGGACGAGGCGGCGGCGGCGGCGGCGGCAGCGAUCGGCUACCGAGACAACCUCCUGUUGACUGAUGAAAUCAUCACUAAUGGCUUUCAUUCCUGUGAAAGUGAUGACGAUGACAGAACGUCACAUGCAAGCUCUAGUGACUGGACUCCGCGGCCGCGGAUAGGUCCAUAUACUUUUGUUCAGCAACAUCUCAUGAUUGGCACCGAUCCUCGAACAAUUCUUAAAGAUUUAUUACCAGAAACAAUUCCUCCACCUGAGUUGGAUGAUAUGACGCUGUGGCAGAUUGUUAUUAAUAUCCUUUCAGAACCACCAAAGCGGAAAAAAAGAAAAGAUAUCAAUACAAUUGAAGAUGCUGUGAAGUUACUGCAGGAGUGCAAAAAGAUCAUAGUUCUGACUGGAGCUGGGGUUUCUGUUUCCUGUGGGAUACCUGACUUCAGAUCAAGAGAUGGUAUUUAUGCUCGUCUUGCCGUGGACUUCCCAGAUCUCCCAGAUCCUCAAGCCAUGUUUGAUAUUGAGUAUUUUAGAAAAGACCCAAGACCAUUCUUCAAGUUUGCAAAGGAAAUAUAUCCCGGGCAGUUCCAGCCGUCUCUGUGUCACAAAUUCAUAGCCUUGUCAGAUAAGGAAGGAAAACUACUUCGGAAUUAUACUCAAAAUAUAGAUACCUUGGAGCAGGUUGCAGGGAUCCAAAGGACCAUCCAGUGUCACGGUUCCUUUGCAACAGCAUCUUGCCUGAUUUGUAAAUACAAAGUUGAUUGUGAAGCUGUUCGUGGAGACAUUUUUAAUCAGGUAGUUCCUCGGUGCCCUAGGUGCCCAGCUGAUGAGCCACUUGCCAUCAUGAAGCCAGAGAUUGUCUUCUUUGGUGAAAACUUACCAGAGCAGUUUCAUAGAGCCAUGAAGUAUGACAAAGACGAAGUUGACCUCCUCAUUGUUAUUGGGUCUUCUCUGAAAGUAAGACCAGUAGCACUCAUUCCAAGUUCUAUACCCCAUGAAGUGCCUCAGAUAUUAAUAAAUAGGGAGCCUUUGCCUCAUCUACAUUUUGAUGUAGAGCUCCUUGGAGACUGCGAUGUAAUCAUUAAUGAGUUGUGUCACAGGUUAGGUGGCGAGUAUGCCAAACUCUGUUGUAACCCUGUAAAGCUUUCAGAAAUUACUGAAAAACCUCCACGAACACAAAAGGACUUGGUUCAUCAUUUAUCAGAGUUGCCACCAACACCGCUUCAUAUUUCAGAAGACUCAAGUUCACCUGAAAGAACUGUACCACAAGACUCUUCUGUGAUUGCUACACUUGUAGACCAAGCAACAAAGAACAAAGUUGAUGAUUUAGAAGUAUCUGAAUCAAAAAGUUGUGUGGAAGAAAAAUCACAAGAAGUACAGACCUGUAGGAAUGUUGAGAGCAUUAAUGUGGAAAAUCCAGAUUUCAAGGCUGUUGGUUCCAGUACUGGAGACAAAAACGAAAGAACUUCAGUUGCAGAAACAGUGAGAAAAUGCUGGCCCAAUAGACUUGCAAAGGAGCAGAUUAGUAAGCGGCUUGAUGGUAUGGAAUGCUUUUUGUUCAGUCACUUUCAAAGUACUAUGAUCAGAGAAAGGUGACUCCCAAUGUCAGAUAACUGUUCUGACAUUAGUUGGUCAAGAUAGUGCUAUAUUUUUGCCGGCAGUAGUUUGUGUGAUUAAACCCAGGGCUUUAAGCAGCUAGGGAACUUGAUCUGUCAAUUGAGUUCUAUCCCCAAGAGUGAGUUUUACUCUGUCCCCUCCAA